AUGAGCCCGCAGGCGCUUCUGCCGUCACCCGGCGACAGCCCUCCAGCCCAGCAGCAGGCGGCCCCGCAGCAGGACCAGGCCGGCGGCAGUGCGCUGGAGCUGCUGGACAGCUUCCUGGCGGUCCAGCGAGAGCGGGCGGCGGCGUACCGGAGGUUUGAUGCCGCGUUCAGGGCGUACCUGCAGAACGGCGCCGAGGGCCCAUACCGGCACGUGAUGGGCCAGCUUACCGCCCAGUUCCAGGAUUGCAGCCGGAGGGUGCUGUCAGUGGAGGCCGCACUACAGUCAACCGGGCAGGACGAGGCGGCGGCGCUGCUGCGAGCCGUGCAGGAGAAUGAGCGGGAGAAGCUGCGCCUGACGCUGGCGUUGCAGGCCCUCAAGGCAGCACACGCACAGCAGCGCUUCAGCUGGCAGCACGAGGAGGCGGCUGUGGCUGCGGCGGCGAGCCUGGCACCUGGGGUGGCCGACCUGCUGCAGGGCCACCUGUGCAGAGUCGGCUGCGUGCACGAGGCGCCCACGGAUGAGCCCACGCAGGCGGAGUAUGCGGGUGCGGUGCGGGAGAGCUACCAGCUGCUGCAGGGCACCAUCACCGCCAUCAGCGAGGCGCUGGAGGAGGUGCAGCAGCUGCAGACGGAUCUGCUGGAGCAAUAG